AUCUUAGCACACAAUUGUUGGAACCUUUCAGGAUUGUUUGAAAUUUGAACGAAUUAUUGAAAUGAGAACGAUAAAUUGAAAUUCGCUCCCUCAAAAUAUUAUGGAAACUUUUUGUUCAAAAUCUGUGCACAAUUUUUCGACAGUGCGUGUCACUAUUUUUUCCCAAAUUUAUCAACCCACGGAGCAUAAUUUUAAUUAUCGCAAUAAAGAAGAGCGAGAAUUUUCCUGAAAUUUUAGACGUUUCUCCGCACAGAGUGGUCUCGUUAUUAUCGAUUAACUGCUGACUCCACGUGUCUGCUUACGCCCAAUGGGCUUGUCCGUAUCUAUCUCUGUCUCGUUUCAUCACGUUGCUCAUCGCGCUAUACCCAUCGAUUCCAAUAUUCUACGCGUGGCUUGUCACUUCUCGCUAGAGGCUUCUUUCCGGGUCUCUUUUAUACGCCAUAUCAAAUUUCUCUCAUCCCUUUAACAGCCCCAUUUUUCAUGCCCGUAUAUAUACUCGCCGUCGGAGUAUCGAUCGGCUUGUAAAAUAUCUCCGAACCACCUCGAGUCUAUUUUUAUUUUACGUUCUCUACUUUAUCACACUCUUUUUCUGCAUUCCUCGUUCUUUGUUGUAUUUUCCUCGAAUUCCUGACAGUUUUGUCAGCGUUUCGAGGGUGAAUUCAAACUUUCCAUGGUAACCGACCCUCCAAGAAAGUUGUUACACCUAUAAACGGAAGGGAAGCCUAUACAGACGGAAUAUCGGAUGGAGACGAGGGACGUUUUUGUCGAGAUAUAGACCGUCGGGCGUGGCCAUUGGGCUUUGGUGCUCCGAACAACGUUUUAAGGAGCUCUCCUCCGUGUGCGAGUGUUUUUUUUUGCGAGUGUCACGUUUGCAUAACCCGAGAAUUUUCCAAAGUCAUUCGGAAAAUCAACAACUGCGAUUGGAUCUCGUUGAACAUCUGACGGUUCGAGCGCUGAAGGAAGCGAGUUCAAGAGCAUCAAACCAUUUCCCGCGACGACUUGUGUGCUAACCUUAAAUUGCGGAAGGCGACGCCAUGCUCAAGUUCCAGCUUGCCACCCCCGAAGACCUCAAGGUCGCUGCGACUAUUGAACGGAAACGUCAGAUAGAGGAAGCCAGAAAGCCUCGCAUCUUUGAUCCGCGCUCCAGGCGCAUAGGGAUAGACAAAGAAUUCCUGGACAAACAGAUCGUGGAGAAAAAAACGCAGCGUCAGCUGGAGCGAGCCGAAGAAUGUCGAAUGGACGAGGCGCUGGUGCGCAGCAGCCAAUUCGCGAUUAGGAACGAGAAACGGGAGGAAGAGGAACGACGAAAAAUCAACGCGGAAAUCAACACUUUUCGUCAGGUUUAUCAGCGAGCGGAAGAUCGGCGUGAUUUCGAUCUCUACGAUCCGGAUCGCCUGAAAAAAUCGCUCCCGGCUCGCACGUGCGACGAAGACCCGAGGCUCGGGCCGGCUUCCGCUCAGAAGUUCGAAGGCGAGGAUUGGAACUACGCGGAACGCAUGAAAAUCCAGAGAGAGCAGAUGCAAGCGUGGCUCUAUCAGCAGAUGACGGAGCGACGAAUCGCCGAGCAAGAGCGCCAACAAGCGGAGAGAGCUUAUCAGGAUGCCGUUUGUUCACGUGACAAACGUGCGGUUGAGCUUGACCGCAUGUCGAUGGAAUGUCGGCGACGACUGAACGAAGCUACGGCAAGAUUCAAUCGCGCUCUCGCCGAGGAACAGGAACACCGAAGACGAUGCGAAGCUCUCCAAGACGAGGAGGAUAAACGUGCGGAAAUUUACAAUCACGUGACCGGUGAUUUUUUGACUGAGGCGAAAGAACAGGCUGACAGCAAUCGCGGUCCCAAUAAGCCACUGGCCUCACGCUACAAGGGCAUGACGUCCGAUCAGCUCAAGGUCUUCCGGGACGAGCAAGCUCGCCAAAUGGAGGAGAUCGAGAAAAUGAAACGCUAUGAGAAACGCCGGGACGAGGAGUGGGACCAAUUGAUGAACGGCAACGCUAAAACCGCGGAAAAGUAUCAUCGACAAUUGGAACUUCAAAGGGGAAUGAACAAUAAACGUAUCGCUGAGGAAAAUCUUCAACUUGCUCACCAACAAAAAUGCCAGCAAGAAUAUCUCAGGAAGGUCGUCUACAAGAACAAACCUAGUCCAGAGUUUUUCGAACAGUUCAACAAAAGCACUCGUUGAAGCGAUCUUUCGUCUGCGUUUAUUCAACUACUCGCUAUCCUAGUCGCGUACCUUUUUUAUACUGUUCCAUCGAUUGUUUGCUGAAGCCGUCUUGACGCACUGUCAAUUUGGGAACAUUAAAAUUUUUGAAAUUCAAAAAUCA